UGCCGCUUCCUUCUUUGCAAACACAGGGACUGCAAUGGCAGUUCUUCCCAAUUAUGGUUUCCGGCGCCUAAAUUCUCUAUUAGGGUUUCAGAAAUAUCGUACAACUUCUCCUUCAUUUUACUGCUGUGCUUCUCUUUCAGUUGAGAAAAAAAGUAAAGAUGAAGAAUUACAGCCUUCAAUCAGUACUAGUAAUAGAAGUACACCAAAGACAAAACCUUCAUCUUUUUUCCCAAAGAAGAAUCAGACGUUAGAACUUGUCUGUGAAAGCUUAGGAUUUAAAGGAAAAGGUGUUUGUAAAGUUGAAGAAACUGGGUUUGUUGUAAUGUGUGAUCGUGCUCUUCCUGGUGAGCGUUUCAUUGGUCGUGUUACUCGUAAGAAAGGAAGUUAUGCUGAGGUGCAGAAGUUGAAGACUAUUACUCCUCACAAUGAUUUGGUUGAGGCGCCGUGUGAGUAUGCUUCAGCUUGCGGAGGUUGUAAAACACAGAAUUUAUCGUAUGAGGCUCAAGUUAGAGCAAAGGAACAACAAGUUCAUGAGUUGGUGAUACAUGUUGGGAACUUUUCUGCAAAUGACCCGCAAUUUGCUAAUGUGAUGAAGCCUAUUGUUCCUUGCGAUAUUCAGUUUAAUUACCGUAACAAGAUGGAAUUUUCUUUUGGUACUCUAAAGUGGCUCCCUGUGGAGGAAUUGCAUGAGAGGCAAGGGGGUGUCAAUGACUACGCAUUGGGAUUGCAUGCUCCAGGAUUUUUUGAUAAAGUCCUCAACGUUCAAAAGUGUUUAUUACAAAGUGAGGCUGCUAAUACGGUUCUUGCAGUUGUUCAAGAUUGCUGGAGGGAUCCAGAGCUUGGCCUUUCUCCUUAUUGUGUUCAUAAGCAUGUUGGGUUUCUUAAACACCUUAUGCUUAGGACGGGCAGUGACGCCAAGACUGGAUCGCCUGAGCUCAUGGUUAAUUUUGUCACUUCUUCCUACAAGCCAGAGCUUCUACAGCCUCUUGUCGACAAGAUUUCAUCGAUUUCUGAAGUGGUAAGCAUCAUCAAUAAUGUCAACACUUCUGUUGGUAACACAUCAGUUGGGGAAGCAGAAUACAUUUUAUAUGGGAAAUCUUCCAUCUCGGAAGUCUUACGUGGUAUUACUUUUCAAAUAUCAGCAAACUCUUUCUUCCAGACAAAUACUUACCAGGCAGAGGUUCUGUACAGGCUUAUUGAAGAAUGUGCUGGCCUUAGAGGAGAUGGCUCUGAAGUUGUUCUUGACCUGUUUUGUGGAACUGGGACCAUUGGUCUGACACUAGCGAAAAAGGUCAAACAUGUUUAUGGCUAUGAAAUGGUUCCUCAAUCCAUUUCAGAUGCUCGCCGAAAUGCUGAAAAUAAUGGCAUCAGCAAUGCUACAUUUAUCCGAGGAGACCUCAAUAAAAUCAGUGAUAAUUUUGGUGAUCAGUUUCCUAGGCCGGACAUUGUCAUUUCAGAUCCAAAUCGCCCUGGUAUGCACUUGAAGUUGAUAAAGUAUCUACUGAAGCUAAGAGCUCCACGCCUUAUUUAUGUGUCUUGUAAUCCCGCAACCUGUGCUCGUGACCUUGAUUACCUUUGCCAUGGUCUGGAAGAGAAAAAUAUAAAAGGAUGUUACAAACUUAAAAGCUUACAACCAGUAGAUAUGUUUCCUCACACUCCUCAUAUCGAAUGUGUUUGCUUGCUGGAGCUCGAAUGAUCCCUCGUAUUUCCUGCUUCUUUCGGCCAAGGUCUGCAUAGACUUCACAUAUUCAAAUACAGACACACUAUGGCAUCAUCAUCAAACUUCUCAAAUCAUGCAACUUCAUUAGAUGCCUAGCACUUCUCAGUUGUUGAAUUGAACAACUGUGACCGGAAAUACUGAGAAGUCACCCAUGAGCUUAUGCUGAUCAGCAAUUAUGUUGUCCGUCGGAUUUCUCCAUUGCAAUGGACGGAUAUGUGUAAGAAAAUAGCAAAUGUUUUUGUACAUGUUUUAAAUGUACACUAAUGUUACCUUUGCACUUUAUGUAUUCCCACUUUUUUUUUAAGCGAAGAGACCUGGAUGGAAAUUGGAAUCAGUGAAUAAACUGCAAUUUGCAAUUUAAUAUUGGACUACCGUGAUAUUAA